AUGAAGCAGGUUUUGCAGUGGCUUGCUGUUGGCUUGAUGCCGCUGUCAGGGAAAACCUUAGCGGAGGUUACGUCUAUUGACCAAAACGACACCGCCCUCGACUUCGACGCGAUCGUCACAGACCCUUACGACGUUGUUGCGCCACUUGUCCAGCUGGUAUCCUAUUAUCAGACGUCACGAUAUCGUUCGGAUGCCGCAACAAUCGUACAAAUACAUCAUGCAACGGUCAAGGAAUUCCUUACGGGCUCUGACAUCCUGGCCACAUCGGCAUCCAUAUUUUACUUCAGUGAAGUUGAUGCACAUGCGUUCACAGCGGAAAGAUGUCUUCAGUAUCUUGCCUUCUCCGAUUUCGAUCGCGAUGUGCCUGAAGAUCCUAGAGACUUCAAGGCCUUUCUCAGCAAGUACUCGUUUCUGUACUACGCGGCCAUGAAUUGGGCAACGCACAUGCGGCUUUGUAGCCUUACGUCUGGCAUAAGCGAUAUUCACAGGUUUCAGCGGCACUUGUACUGGUUUCUGAACCCUGCUGAAAGCCCAAAGAGAUACCAACUAUGGCAGGCUGUUUUGAGAACAAGCCCGGGCCUGGCUGCCGCCCGCCACAGCGCUGCCCCCAUCAUUUACGCGAUCGCAAACGAUCUCCACGUCUUGAUUGAAGCACUACUUCCCACAUUGGAUGACCUCAAUGAACACUUUCCCGACGGAAGCACCUGUCUGCUUGUCGCAGCAAUCGUGAACAACGUCAAGCUCGCACGCCACCUCCUGAGCCGAGGAGAAGGUGUUGACGUUCCCGACAAGAUGAGGCAGCUGACGCCUCUACACGUGGCUGCAGAACAUGGAAGUGAAGAAAUGGUCGAAUUACUAUUAGAACACGGGGCAUCGCCUUACGCUCGCAGUGAUUCGGGCACAACACCGUUUUACCGAGCUGCACGCGACGGAUCCACGAAGACUCUGAAAUUGCUACGUGCCGCAGGCAGCGAGCUCGAUGCAAAGACGUGGGACUUGUGGACUCCUUUGAUGGAAGCCGUUGAAAAUGGACAUCGAGAGGCGGUAAGAUUGCUCCUCUCUUGGGGUGCCGAUGCUCGAAACAUAUCGAAAUUUGGUACCACGCCCCUGGAACUAGCAUCAAACGACCUGACACCUCUGAUUACCGAGGCCGGGGGUGGCCCAGGAGUGGAUAGAAGUGACGAGCUCCAGGAAGAGAUCGAUUCUCGUGGGGGAAAUAUCGACGCGUGGCGGCCGGCUAGGAUCGGCUGA